GAGGAAAUAGGGGAAGCGAGAGGGAGGGAUUAUUUAGUUUUUUUAGGGGCUUGUUACAGUAACGUCAGUAAAGGGGUCAAAGGUGUGGAUCAGGACAGAGACAGCAAGGCUUUAGGAGAGAGGAGAUAUCAACUCAGAUUUAGAGUUUGGAGGACAGAGAGGAGGGCAUUGAGACAGUUUAAACAGUACAGUUAUAACACAUUGAGACAAGAGGAGACAGAAUGGAACAAUAAUACAGUCAGUUUUAGGGUUCAGGGAUAAGGGUAUAGGGUCCAGGGGGAAAGUUGAGGAUUUUGUUUUUUGGGGGUGACAGGUGGAACGAACAGCAGUGUCUUGAGGAGUACAGGAGUAUUGUCAGGAGCCAUAUAGAACAACCAGAGAGAUGGGGAACACAUGUAUUAUAGGAGUCAUCUCUCUCCUGGCUGUUUCUGCAACCUGGAGCUUGGAAACAGGAUAUAACCACAACAUUUCUGUGAGCUCUCACGCGUCUCCUUUCCUCACCUCCAUUGUGCCUCUAGACCUACAACAUGGAGUCAUUGUUGCCAAGAGUGAACAUUUCCACCUGGGGAAUGAUGCCAUCUUAAAGUGCAGCAAUAAGACUUGGAGUGAGAUGAUCUACACCAUCUGGAAAAUAAACCUGGAUGGAAUAGAGUGUCAAAUAUCAUCUAGUAAUGAUAACCAAAAUCUGAACACAUGCAAUGAUGGAAAAGCCAUGCUCAACACAUCCAGGGGUGAAUCCUACCUGCGGAUUCCUGAUUUCUCAAACAGAGAUGAGGGAAUCUACCACUGUGAGUCAGUGUACAAAGCAGGGAGCUACGCCGCAAACAUUGAUGUAUCACUAAUAGCCCCUCCCAGUGUGUCUGCCUGGCUAGAGUGGGAGGGCAGUAGGCGGGUGGCUGUGUGUUUGGCUGAAGGAGGGAAACCAGCUGCCUCCAUCUCCUGGAGUGACAAAUGGAACUCUACUUCAACCACCACAUUGAACCAAGAUGGCGUCAACAAAGUAGAGUCUCGAUUGGUCCUGCCUGAGGGGAUCGCUACGGGCAACCUGACUUGUUCUGUCAUACAUCCUUCCUGGGAAGAGGUGCAUAUGGUGACACCAGGAACCUUAUUUCCCUGGCGAUUAGUCAUCAUCUCUGUGGGAACUAUCAGUAUCAUCAUGGCUAUUCUGGGGGGUUUAUACUUCACACGAAAACACCCCUGCAAAAUUGGCCCCAAAACAACAUCUGAGUCCAAGGCUCCUCAGCCACAGGACUAUGUGGAGGAAGUAGAACCCUACGCCAGCUAUGUACAGCGUGUCAAUUCCAUCUACAACUCCUCUGCAGACCUGUUCACAUAACACACGCACACACACACCUCUCUGCACGCCACUCUGAGAACUUUGAGGUUGAUGAAACUGAGCCAGUAAACAGGGAAAUUAUGGCGGACAUGAUGCAGGGCUUCUGGUUCGAGAGGAAAACCUCACAGAUCUGAUCACUCCUGACUGUGGAGGUUGAAAAGGUAUUACACUCAGCACAGACUUGUUGCAGCACUCAGUCCCCAUUAUCCUCUGCCUGUCUGCCUAACCACAGGCCUCUGUCUCAAUGAUGACUUGGACAACUCACUACAACAGAUAUCUAUCUAUACAAUAACGACACACUAAAGUUGAGACGUGAGAAAAUGGCCAAAAACACAGACAUUUCUACAACCAAAGAGAUGUGGGCAGAUGAGAGAUGAUCUUUCCAGUUUACCAUUUUCAUAAUUUGCACACUGAGAACUAUGACUUGCUGUGUAGUCAGCACAACUGUAUACCACUGCUCUCAUAACACACGUUUGACUGUUCCCACACUCCUGUUAUCUGCAAAUCAUGGGGAAGAGUGCAAUUUUGAGAUGUUUCAUCAAAAUCUCAAUUUAUAUAAUACUGAUGUGUAAUUACAAUGUUUUUGUUGAGUUAAUAUUUAUGAUUUAAU